UUCUCUCACCUAUAAAUACACCUCUUUUUCGUUCAUCAAACUUAAGCUCCCACUUCAUCUUCUUCAUCUCCUUCUUCUUCUGAAACACUCAUGGUGAUGGCUUUGUCUAAGAGUUUGGUUCCUUUGGUCCUUUUAAUGGUUCUCUCUGUACCAGCUUUCUCACUUCACAGUAAAUGGCAUCAUGCCCCUGCAGUUCACAAUAAAUGGCAUCAUCCCCCUGCAGUUCACAGUAUAUGGCAUAAUGCCCGUGCAACUUUCUAUGGUGACAUGCAAGGUGGAGAAACCAUGCAGGGAGCUUGUGGUUAUGGUGAUCUGUUCCAGCAAGGUUACGGGCUUGAAACCGCAGCCCUAAGCACAGCACUGUUCAACAAUGGCCUGAGUUGUGGUGCAUGUUUUGAGAUCAAGUGUGUGAACGAUCCUCAAUGGUGCAUUCCCAAUGCAGGCUCAAUCAAAAUAACUGCAACAAAUUUCUGUCCACCCAAUUACUCCCCACCGAAUUUCGACCACUGGUGCAACCCUCCACAGAAACACUUCGACUUGUCCAUGAAAAUGUUCACCACCAUUGCCGCAUACAGAGCUGGGAUCAUCCCGGUGAAGUAUCGCAGAGUGCCAUGCACCAAAACUGGCGGUGUCAGGUUCCAAACUGCAGGGAACCCUUAUUGGCUUCUGGUUUUGGUGUACAACGUUGGCAAUGCCGGUGAUGUUCAUGAGGUCAGCAUCAAGGGAUCUGAUGGUGUGUGGAAAUCCAUGUCUAGGGUUUGGGGACAGAAUUGGUUGACCGGAGAAAACUUGGUCGGAAAAUGUUUGUCCUUUAAGGUGGGUACCAGUGAUGGAAAAGUGGUGGAGUUCGACGAGGUUGCACCUUCUUAUUGGCAAUUUGGGCAGAGCUACGAAGCCAGCAGAAAUUUUUAGGUGUAUUGUUCUUGGAUUUGGUAACAUUGCAUUCUGACGUGAGAAUUAGGACUGUGAUGUUUCCAUUGUAAAAUUGUACUUUCGUAUGUUUCAAAAAUAAACUCUUACCAAAUGCCUCAUUUUUAGAGAUGGCAUGGCAAGCAAAUAAACGUGUAUCUUUUGGUAUUAA